AUGGUCGAAACACUUACCGUCCGAAAGAACAAGAACACUGGAGAGCUCUACUCCCUUCUUAUCGAUAUCCAAGUGACCUUCCCUGACGCCCAGCGCUUCAGGGCCAAAGGGACUGUUAUCAACUUUCUCAUGGACGAGAACGAGCAGCGCCCAACUCAGGCUAUCAUCAGUGCGUCCGCUAUCCUCCCCGUUAGCGAGCCAAGAGCGCAAUUGCUCACGGACGACCGUAUGAUCGCGUGUCGCCAACAGCCACCCUUCAAGAAACGACGUUCAUUGCUCCUUCCCGAGGCCAAAGAACGAGAGGAAAAGAUGCUGGUGGAGCUGACAGCAGCCAAGGAGCGGGAUGACGAGUUACGCGGGAUGCAGCAACAAACCAUUGACCGAUUAAUCGUCGCCCAGCAGAAGAUCGAAGCCAUCCUGGUCCAGAACUACGAGCUCCACGAUUACCCCAUUCCGCGUCACUUUGUCAUCCUACCAGAUUCGUACGAGAGAUGGGGCCUGCGCAACUUUGUAAAGGAGCGAUUCCGGCUGUUCUUCUUUGUGAGUGUGGCGACCUUUGCUACAUCGACAUCACGACCAGUGCCUCUUCUGACCAUCUCACCAUUGCCACAGCUGAGUCGCUUGCUCCCAUACCUGUCAAGAGCAGCAACCACCUAA